UAACUGUCAAAACCAUAUGCAAAUUCUUGUCACUGGCUGGCUCCAGCACCGCGAUUUUUACUAUCCGAUUACACACAAUGUGUAUUGUUUUGGCUACCGUAAACCCCAAUUAACAAUGACUGUAUAGUUUACAGAUACUUUCAGUGAAUGUGAUUUUUGUGAACUAUUGACUGGUUCUAUUGUCAUAAUGUCGACCCCACCGCCUCAGCAGCCGCGGCGAUCAUCAGGAGAGAAUAAAAAGGCACCGCCUGCGUCCAGCGUUGUGACCAGAAAUGGUGCUCGCAAGGCCAAGAUACAAACCCGCGCAAUGUCCGCAGGUGCUAAGCCGUCAGCAUCAGUAAUUGCUGCGAAACGGAAAGCCCAACAGAAGAAGAAACACAAUUUUGUGAUUGAACUCAGAGAUCACUAUCAAAUUGCCAUGGAUUCUAAGACCAAAGUGAAGGGUGGGACGGGGCUGGUGACGGAGCCGCGUAUGGCUGAGCACAGGUGUCUGUGGGACGACCAGUACCCGGAGUGCCCUGAAAGACUUACUAGCGUUAUAGAAAGGUGCCAUGAACUAAACCUGAUAGAACAAUGCAAGCAGUUCCCACCUCGAGCGGCGACCAAGGAAGAGUUAUGUGUGCUCCACGCGCCCUCUGUGUACGACAUGAUGGAAACUACACAUCAGAACAACGACCUACAGUACUUGGAGGAGAUCUCCGCCAAAUAUGACGCUAUCUACAUACACCCAUCGACCCACGAGCUAGCCCUAUUAUCAGCGGGGUCCACCAUCGACCUGGUGGACCGGAUAGUGUCGGGUGAGGUCCAGAACGGCGCGGCCCUGGUCCGGCCGCCCGGCCACCACGCCAUGCGGGACGAGCCCUGCGGAUACUGCUUCUAUAACAACGUCGCUGUCGCUGCUAGACAUGCCAUCGAUAAACGGGGGCUUAAAAGGAUACUAAUAGUAGAUUGGGAUGUUCAUCACGGUCAAGCCACUCAACAGAUGUUCUAUAACGACCCUAGAGUCGUAUACUUCUCAAUCCACCGCUACGAGCAUGGUGCAUUCUGGCCCAACCUCAGGCAGUCCAAUUUCAACUACGUGGGCUCCGGGCUGGGCAAGGGACACAACUUCAAUGUGCCCCUCAACAAAACUGGCAUGAAGGACGCUGACUACCUCGCCAUAUGGCACCAGCUGCUACUGCCCAUGGCUUUGGAAUACCACCCGGAGCUCAUCAUAAUAUCAGCUGGCUACGACGCGGCGUACGGCUGUCCUGAGGGGGAAAUGGAGCUGACCCCGGCAUGCUACGCGCACCUGACGCAGGCCCUGGUGGGGGUGUGCCCGCGCGUGUGCGUGGUCCUGGAGGGGGGGUACUGCGUGACGUCACUGGCCGAGGGGGCCGCGCUCACGCUGCGCACCCUGCUCGGACACUCGCCGCCUGUACUCGAGGACCUCACCGAGCCCACAGACGAAAUAAAAGAAACAAUAUUAAACUGUAUAUACGCGCAGAAGCCAUAUUGGAACUGCUACAACUUCCAACAGACGUAUUCAACGAGUGGCCCGCCCAAUGUGUGCGAUGAAGCGAAAGAGAAACAUACAGUGACAGUCAAGUGGGAGGGAGACGAAACUAGACCUGAUACCUUCGCUACUAGGAAUUGUUAUCCCGUACAAGAUGAUGGUUUUAAGAAAAGGAUUGCUGAACGCUUGAACCAUCUUAGAUUGGUAACUGAUUUGUCAACACCGCAUCACGCAGUUGGUUAUAUUUACGACCAAGCUAUGCUGAAACACAAAAAUAUAUGCGAACCUGGUCACGUAGAAUGCCCGGAACGGAUCAUGCGCAUACAUGAACGUCAUAGAGACUUCGGUCUUUUAGACCGAGUCCAUCAACUAACUGCCAGGCAAGCUACGGACCAGGAGAUAUUGGCUGUACAUACUGAAACACAUUUAAACAGACUAAAGGAGCUGUCGUCGACGAGUCUAAGGAGUCUGCACAUACAGAAGAACGCGUACGACUCCGUGUACUUCCACCCUGACUCACUAGAGAGCGCUGCCGUCGCCACCGGCUGCGUGCUACAGAUGGUGGACUCAGUGUUAACCUUCGAGUGCGGUAGCGGUGUGUGCGUGGUCCGCCCCCCCGGGCACCACGCGGACGAGGAGAUCCCGAGCGGGUUCUGUCUCCUCAACAACGCUGCGGCCGCCGCCAAGUACGCUAUCGACAACCACGGACUGAACAGGGUCCUUAUACUGGAUUGGGACGUCCAUCACGGAAAUGGGACGCAAAGAAUUACGUAUCACGAUAAUAGGAUCUUGUACAUGUCAAUCCACCGUUAUGACAACGGCUUGUUCUUCCCUCACUCGAAGGACGCCAACUACACCGCCGUCGGCGCGGGGAAGGGGGAGGGGUACAAUGUCAAUGUACCGUGGAACGCGCGCGGUAUGGGCGACGUGGAGUACAUGACGGCAUUCACACAGGUCAUACUGCCCAUAGCAUACGCCUACAACCCGCAGCUCGUCAUCGUAUCCGCCGGGUUCGAUGCCUGCGUCGGGGACCCGCUUGGAGGUUGUAAAGUGACCCCCGAGUGCUACGGGCGCAUGACGCAACUACUGCGGGGCCUGGCGGGCGGGCGCGUCGUACUGUGUCUCGAGGGCGGGUACAACAUCACCAGCAUCUCCUACUGCAUGGCCAUGUGCACCAAGGCACUGCUCGGGGACCCCAUCUACUACCACUACGACCCCAAGACCCCGUGCUCCUGGUCCGCCAUCGACUCCAUCCGUGACGUCAUCGACACACACAAGAAGUACUGGAAGUGUCUCAAGUUUCACGUCGCGUUACCAGCAGACAAUGUCCUAGAACCACCACUGCCAUCCAGAGGCCUCGUUAUGGACCAAGAUCUCGAAAUAUCGUCGUGCAACGAAGACAUGCACAACUUGUCGGCUAAAUCAAGCGCAAGCAACUUGGAAACGUCACUGGAAGCGAGCAUGGGAAACUUAAAUAUAGGAAAGAAGUGUUCCGACGGUAUACACUGCGGUACAGAUGACGAGGAUGAACAGCCGAAGCCAUCACGGAGUACUGACAACCCUGACGCUGCUGGUACAAGCACUGAUAAAAAACUCACCGAAGGCGUCCCAACUAGUCCUGGGAAAAGACCUUUAGAGGAACCCACGAAACCAGAGAAAAAGCCGACUUUAGUCGAUUAUUUAGCCGAGAACAUGCAAUCGAUACUCGAAGGUGAGAUGUUCGCUGUGGUCCCCUUGUCGUGGUGUCCACAUUUAGAUUCGCUGUACACGUUACCUGAAGAAGUGAAGUUUGAACAAGGUGUCAAGUGCGUGGACUGCGAUCAUACUGAAGAGAAUUGGGUGUGCUUGCAUUGCUAUAUCACGGCCUGCGCCCGCAGUGUGAACGGGCACAUGCAAGCUCACUUCACAGCCACCGGCCACGCGCUAGUGUUGUCCUUAGUCGAUUUGUCAGUGUGGUGCAAUGUAUGCGACGCUUACGUUGAUAACUCGCUGCUCUAUGACGCUAAGAAUAACGCGCAUAGGUGCAAAUUCGGGGAGGACAUGCCCUGGUGUUAUAAGACUGAUAUACAUAUGCAAUAGGGAUAUUUACUCAUAUAGGUGAAUGUAUAAUCACGGCCGAUAUCAAUAAACGAUAUCUAUCCAAAAUCUCUGGGUGGAUCCAUGUUAAAAAUCUCCGUGUAUCGAAUGAUUUUGGAUUAGAAUCGGUCAUUAAUUUCGGCCUCCAAAAGGGUGUUAUCAAAGUAUUAAGAAUGUCACAUGAAAUGUUAUUCCGAUUACAGAAUUGUUUAAAGAUAGGACAGUUUCAUGUUGACGUAUUUAAACAGAGUGCAUUAUUAAUUGUUGACAUUAACUUUUUAAAGUAACCCAUGUUAUAAUCAAAUGUUAACAUUCCAGUUUAAUAAAUUGAUGUUUAGAAUAACUCUCGUUGUAUAGGCCUGACAUUUAUUAAUAUAAUGUUUUCAAGCAAGGGCCUAGUAAAAUAUCAAUUCAUAUCUAAACCUGCAAAAUAAACCUUACUGCUUACAGAAUAAAGAUGUUAAAUAAGCUUAGUACAAUGAAGUACAAUAAUUUUAUCCUACAACUAUAUUAUCACGUUUGUAGCACCCUUGUAUAUUUCUGUAAAUAGCUACUAUUUAUACCUUUAUACAUUUUUAAUGAUUUUAUAUCUAUUUUAUGUACCUUAGAAUAAUUGGCCAGUGUUAGAAACUAUUUUACUUUAAUAUUUUAGUGGAUAAAACUGUUAUGUUACGUGUAUUCGUUUAUUAAGUUAUGGUCAGUCGCAUUAACCUAUCUGUCUGCAGAUUGUCUAUUGAUCUAUUACAGCAGACCCCGCGAACUUUGUUUCGUCUUAAAAUCUUUAGUUUACAGAAAAUUUACCCUUUUCUGUCUUACAUAAAACUUUGUUUUAACAAUAACAAACCCAACUAUAAAAGAAUUAGCAAAAUCGGUUCAGCUGUUCUCGAGGUUUGCGCUUAACAACACAGUCAGUGAUUCAUUUUUAUAUUAUUGAUAUUUGACAAAUAUCGAAUUGACCUUACGUCAAAUGACUAUCUCUAGUAGCCAUCUAAAGACAGAUAGGUUAUUGACACUGGCUGUUAGUAAAUUUAACAAAAAUAUUAGUCGUUUUAUUAAGGUUUCGAUUUCAUGUUGUGUAAAAAAAAAAUGAAGACGUAGAACUAAUUAUACGAGCUACUUAUGCAAAUUUGGCAGAUAUAAGUAUCCAAUUCAAAUAUCCAACGAAAAAUAACUUACUCUGCUUACCCCAAUAUCAUGUAACAUUAUCUAAGAGGUAAAAACACAUUAGAGGAAUCUGUCCUCUUGCCCUUAGAUUGUAAUUUACAAAGGACCCAAAAAUAGAACUGUUGCCAUAGAAAUAUUGUUUAAGAUUUUAGCAAAUAAACCUUUUAAUGCUGGUAUAAUAAAAUACUAGUAUAGUGAGAUUAUCACACAUAACUAAGUAGCUAUUACUGAAUUAUAAUUUCAAGUAAAUAUAAUAAUAAAAGGUUAUUUGCUAAAUUAUGUGCCUUUCCAAAUAGUAUAGUGUUUGAGAUACAAUAACAAGCAGCUUAAUAACUGUUAUUAUAAGAUACUAUGUUACUAUAACACAGUUAUAUAAUUUAUAACUGUUAUUUAAAUUAACGUAAUAUUUACUUCAGUUUAUUUAAAAUACAUAAACUAAUUUAUUGUAUUUAAUUUAAUACUUGACCAGCAAGAAUUACUUAACCUUACUUAGGUAUAGUGUACCUAUUAUAAUAAAAAUUAUGGGCAGAUUAGUGUGCCAAAAAUUGCUCAUAACUGUUAACUAAUACCAAGUAUGUAUUAACGAAAUAAUAAAAUCAUAUCAUAUUAUUCAAA